ACGCCAUUGCCAUGUGAGAUAUGUCUCGGUUCUUGAGCUUCCUUAUUCACUCAGAUACCAUAUUAACAUGUUCUGCCUCUCCUUGAACCUUCCCUGCUUCUCUCUUCUCUGUAUUCAGAUAUUAUGCUUGAAAGGAAUCCUCAUCAUCCAAAAGAAUGGGGUGCACUUACUCUGUGUAUAGGAAGAAGAAGUCAAGCAUUCCUGAAGUGGUGGUCUUUGUUCCAUCAACCAGAAUUCCAGUGCAAUGUGAUCUUCAAAGGGCACUUAAAGGAGUAAUUCCAAGGGAACUUGCUGACAAAUUGUCUUCACUUCGGAAUCAGAUAGUAUUGAUAGCUGAGGAUACUGGUGGAUCAGCUAUACCUGAAUUGCUGCGAGCUUUGAAUGAAUACUUGUCUGUUCUGAUUGGGCUUACUAAGAAAGAACAUGGUCUUGAGGGACUAAUAGAAUUCAAGUGGAAAAUUUUUGGAGAUGGCCAACAGGAUAGCAGUAUAGCAAAUGUCUGGUUUGAGGUGCUAUCUGCAGUUCACCUUAUGGCUAUGCUGACACUAUCAGAGGCUGACUCACUAAUGAUUCCAAAGGACCCUUCAGGAUCUGGAUUCAGGGUUGUAUCUUCAGAUAGCAAGAGGGAAGCAAUUGAUUUGUUACUCAAGGCAUCAGGAUACCUGGAGUUCUGUGUCAGGGAUAUUCUUACUCGGUUACCCACCGAAAUCAAGAAAGUUUUUCCCCAUGACUUGCAAGAGGGUGUAUUGGAGGCUAUAGCUAUUCAAGCACUAGGCCAGGGAACUGAAAUUCAGCUUGGUCUUGCGGUGGAAAGUCAGAAGGCAUCUUUGUCUGUGAAGAGGAGGUUGGCAUGUGAACAGUUGAUUUACUUUAGUCAGGCUUAUCAUUGCUUGUCAGGAUGUGACUUCAACCAAGGGCAUGGAAAGAAGCAUCUCAGGUUCAUCAAAUGGAAAUUCCUUGAAGCCAAGGCUGCAGCCUACUACUACCAUGGUCUGAUCCUGGAUAAGGGUAAUGAACCAAGCAGUCACAUUGGUGCUGUGUCUUGUUUUCUUGCUGCAGAAGAACUUUUAGCUGAAAGCAAGAAGGCCUGCUUAAGCUUUUGUCUGGCACCUCCAGUGACAAGGGCUCCUCCACUCUGGGGUGCUAUGAAACAUUUACAUCAGAAAAUUCCUGAAGUUGCAUCUAGGAAGUCCCAGAUGUAUGGCUACCUCUUGGAGCAAGAGAAGGGUCUCCAAGCAUUGCCAGACCUACCUGAGUUCCAAUUGUCAUUACGUCCAGAUGAUUAUGAACUGCCUGAAAUUGAUCCAGCAUGGGAUUGUAAAAACUGGGAAACUCUAGGACAGCCAUUGAAAGAGCACCUUAGAGAUAAUGAUGAAAAUCCAACUGAUUGAUACACUUAUACGGUCUUCUUUCUUUUCUAUUUGUAGUUCAAUACCUGUUUGAUUGUCAAACUCUUAUACAUGCUAACAUUACCAUAGAAUACCAGGGUCAUUAUUCUCCUUAUGACUCCCAAGUUCCAAUAUCUAAGUGAAUCACAAACUUAUCAGUACAAUCAACAGUAAGAC